AUGCAACUCCUAAAACCUGCUCUCCUCGCCACCCUUUUUGCUGCAGUUUCAGCCACUUACGAUAAUGAGAUGAACAAGAAUGACAUUGACAACCAGAACAUCAAUAACCGCGAAGAAUACCGUGGCCUCAGGGGUGGUUUGCCCCAGCAGGAGCCCGAAUUGACCAUUUACCAACCUCUUGUGACGUCAUCAUCUGUUGCAGAAGCCUAUAUCAGUACUAAUGCAAGGAUCAAAGAAACAUUAUUCAUGGGAGACAAUGAGAUCCCAGGUGAAGUUCUUCAAGAACCUGGAACCCAAGAACAACCACUUCAAAAAGAAGACUCCAGAAACUCUAGUGAUGUAAAGCGAGAUCAUGGGCAAUCAUCGACACAAUAUGGCUGGACUGACGAGGAAUUUGAACAACAUCUUCACGGAGAACUGAAGAAAGAUCCCAUAUACAACGAAUAUAAAGCUGUAUUCGAUUUAGCACCAAAAUGUAUAUCCAAAUGGCGACAAAGGUAUCGUGGAAAUCCCUCUAUUUGGAAACGAAUCUUUCAGAAGGACAGAGUAUUGAAAGAGUUCAUUGAAGCAGCUCCUAUCAUUGAGGCGGUCCAAAAGUUGGUAGAGAACAGUGAUUUGGAGGGUAACCAGAAGUACACCAUCAUUGAUUUGGCAUGCGGGAGAGGGUACCUGUCGAUGAUUCUAUCCGAAAUGCUCCCUCCUGAAAAGGUCAAGAAGUUUGUCCUUGUUGACAAACAAUGGCCCAUGCACGGAAAUGAGCCCAAGCCUUCUCAUAUUUCCUGGACCCACAUUUAUGGCAGCUUCAAAAAGUGCGAAGAUCAAACAAUUCCAAAUUAUUACGAGACAUGGCCGAUCCCUCUCAAUACAUCCAAACAAGAUUUGAAGUCGGCUAGCGGACUCCGGAAAAUGGAACAAGUGUACUUCCAGGAUGGUCCUAUUAUUCUGGUGGCGGUGCAUCUCUGUGGAAUUCUAAGCAUCAAGGCCGUGGAACUAUUCAACAAUAACCCGUCGGUAAGAUUUUUUGUUUUGAAACCUUGUUGUUUGCCUGGAAUGGUUCACGCCAAGCGCGACGAGAUAUUCAAAUUAGGGCCCACACACUGUUUUGACGCCAAACUUGUUUGUAUGGCUGGUAGGUGGAAGAAGAAUGUCUGGAGGGGCCCACCUCGCACUCAGCUCAAAUCGUACUUUGAGCGGUGGGCAGAGAAUCUGUAUUUGGGAAUCGAUGGUGGUGAUGCACGAAAGAUUCAAAAGCAUGUCGAGGUUCAGAGCAAAGGAGGCUACCAAAACGAAUUCUUGUUUGCCGAGCGGCUUCCAGGUUCAGAAUUCUUGUGGGGCGGCUUGUUUUGCCGUCCAGUCGAUGCUAAUGCACAAGCUAAGACUCCAGCUCAGUAA